ACUGUCUAUUGACACAUUCUUUUUUUCACUCAUUCGAAAACGGUCUGGAACCAUUUCUACACUACUUCAAUUCUUGCCUUCGAGCCAAGGUAGUAAAAGGACUUGUCACCGUCACGCCAUCUCAUCGCAUAAAGACUCGCAACCAUGCAGCCGAAGAACAUUCUCCUCGGGCUUAUCAGCCUCACGGCCGUCGCCGAAGCUUCUGCCAUCCAUCGCCCAUUUGACAAUAUUGUUAGCCGACGAGCCAUCCAGAGCCGAAAUGGUGGGAAUGGAAGAUUCAGGGGAAAUAACCAGAAUUUCAAUGGAGGCAACAAUGGCGGCAACGGUGGUAACAACGGCGGCAACAACGGAGGUAACAAUGGCGGUAACAAUGGAGGCAACAACGGCGGUAACAACGGGGGCAACAACAACAACGGUGGCAACAACGGCGGCAAUAACAACCAGGGUGGACUUACUCUAGAUAGCAACGUUGUCCAGUCGGCCUCCGCUUCCGAUGGUGACCCGGAUGCGUCUAAUGGCGAAUCUGCUUCCAAAACGGAUAACGCGAACUUCAUCAACUUCUGCCAGGGUAAAACUCUGACCAAUGGUCUUCAAAACCAGGGUGGCUCUUGCAAUGGUAUUGUGAUGGGUAACAUUCCUUCCAAGGGGAAGAUGGUUUCGAGUGUCUUUGUCAACCCACAAAACGGCGACGACGUUACAGCAAACCAAGACUUUGAUAUCCAGAUUCAGGUUGCUAACUUCGCCCCUGGUACCUUCACCAACGCCGAUAACACGUACUACUCUGCUCCUCAGGAUUUGGAUGGUAACGGCAACAUCAUUGGCCACACCCACGUUACCGUCCAGGAUCUUGGCGGCUCACUAAACCCUACGUCACCCCUCGACGCGACCCAGUUUGCCUUCUUUAAGGGUAUUAAUGAUGCCGGAAACGGAGCUGGCCUUCUCUCAGCAACCGUUGCUGGUGGACUUCCUGCUGGCAACUACCGUCUCUGCUCAAUGUCAUCCGCUGCCAACCAUCAGCCCGUGCUCAUGCCCGUUGCCCAACGUGGUGCCCAGGAUGAUUGUGUUCGUUUCACAGUCGGCCAAAAUAACGGUGGCAACAACGGUGGCAAUAACGGCGGUAACAACGGCGGCAACAACAACAACAACGGUGGCAACAACAACAAUGGUGGUAACAACGGCGGCAACAAUGGUGGCAACAAUGGCGGCAAUGGCCAAGGCGGCCAGGGACAGAACAGUAAUAACAAUGGAGGCAACAACAACAAUAAUAAUCAAGCUAACGGCUCGCAGAAUAGCUCCGCUCUAGGCGGCAUAACAGCUCCUGCUAUCACCAACACGGGUGACUCUUCGAGACCCUUUGCGGUCAACGGAAAUACAUUCACCAGCCGAUCAGACGCAUUAGAACGAAGUUGUAGCAUACAACAGAACAAUUGCUCCAGUGCGGCCAACAGCGGAGCCGGGUUCAGUGUGAGCGAUUGUCAGGCACAGCAACAGAAGUGCCUGUCAUCGUGAUCGCAAAGGUUGCGCUGGACGGGUUCCGUGAACGUCAUACCCUGACUUGGUGAUGGGGGUCGCUGUAGUGGCCUCGAUCUCUCGAGGUCCGCUUUGUGUGUAU